GCGGGGGACACUCUGAACCGGUUGCCAGCCAAUCGCAGGGCACACAUAGACAAACAACCAUCUGCUCACACUCACACCUAAGGACAAAUUAGAGUGUUCAAUCUUCCUGUCAUGCAUGUUUUUGGAACGUGGGAGGAAACUGGAGUGCCCGGAGAAAACCCACGCAGGCACGAGGACAACAUGCAAACCCCACACAGGAAGGCCAGAGCUGGAAUCAAACCCAGUACCUCUGCACUGCGAGGUUGAUGCGCUAACCACUUGACUACCAGGCCGCCCUGGUCAAUAAAUGUGAAACAAAUUCAAUGUGUAAAAUGGAGGAAAGAUGAUGUAUUUCUUGAGAGUAAAGUAGCGGUGCUUUGAUGACGCGGAUGAUGUCGCCGCUGACGGCUUUUGACACAGAAUGCCACCCACCAUGAUGUAAUGCCAGGACCCCAUCAAUCCUCCCACCCCUCUUACAUGCCUGCCCCCUCUCCUCAGGUCCCCUACUGAUUUAUGUUAAUUCUGCUGAGACUGGUCUACAGAUGCCAAAAGUGUUAAGAAAUGGCAACGAAUUCAAGAUGAGUUAUGAUGGUAAAAUUCCAUACAAAUCUGGCUCUGUGUACAAUGAACUGCGUCUGACCGGAGGACUUAGUGAUGCGGUGCUCAAGGUUCACAAUGAUGAGUUUCUUAUCCAUAAGAUCAUCCUAUGCAACUGCAGCCCAUAUUUUGAGGCCCUCUUUCUUCGAUGGUCCACCCCAGAUCAGAGGGUCUAUGUCAUACAAGGUGUUACACCUCACAUCAUGCAACUCUUCAUCGAGUUCGCGUACACCAACUUUGUGUUGGUGACAGAGGACAAUGUCAAGGACUUGCUGAUUGCUGCUGAUAAAUUUGUGAUGACAACCAUUGUCCAAUCCUGCUGCGUAUUCCUGGCAGAGCAGCUUUGUCCCGAAAACUGCAUCGGCAUCUGGCAGUUCACCAAAAACUGCCACACGCCGGAGCUGCAGAUUAGUGCCUAUCAGUACAUUCUUUACCACUUUGAGGACGUUGCAGCCUCUGAGGAACUGCCACAAUUUACUAUGCAGGAAUUCUGCGACAUUCUGGACAGGGACGACCUGAUUGUGAAGAAGGAGAACACGGUUUAUGAGGCCAUCCUGCAGUGGAUUGCACACAAGCCAAGGGAGAGAGGCAGGAACCUGGCCGUGCUCCUAGCAAAAGUCCGCCUGGCUCUGACCAGUGAGGAGUACAUCACUAUGAACGUGUUAUCCAAUCAGCUGGUGCAGAGUAACAACAAGUGCUUGGACAUGGUUGACUUCGCCACCCGAGUGAUCCACCACAUGGUGGCAAACUCCGUGUCUGCAUACUGCAACCUGGUGGCCCGUCCCCGUCUGCCUUCCGGCAUCCUUUUGGCGAUCGGCGGCUGGAGUGGUGCCAACCCAACGCAGUGCAUUGAGGCAUAUGACGUGCAUGCCAACCGCUGGGUCAGUUUUAUCGAGGACAUAGAGCAACCGCGGGCAUACUGCGGUGCCGCCUUUCUCAAUGACGCCGUCUACUGCCUUGGGGGUUUUGACGGCGCGGAACAUUACAACACCGUCAGCCGCUUUGACCUGAACGCACGUACCUGGCAGGAAGUUGCGCCCAUGCACUCCCGUCGAUGCUACGUGAGUGUCACGGUGCUAAACGGGUGCAUCUACGCACUAGGUGGUUCUGACGGACGGGUGAGACUAAAGACGGCUGAGUACUACACGCCUGAGACUAACCAGUGGACUCUGAUCGCCAGCAUGCACGAAUUGAGGAGUGACGCCAGCUGCACCACCCUCAAUGACAAGAUUUACAUUUGCGGUGGUUUUAACGGAAACGAGCCUUUGCAAACAGCAGAAUAUUACAGUCCUGACACCAACGAGUGGACCAUGAUGACCCCGAUGAGCAGCCGUCGUAGUGGCAUCGGAGUCAUUGGGUUUGCUGACCACGUUUAUGCAGUUGGCGGCUAUGACGGUCAAACUCGUCUGACCAGCGCCGAGGCUUACAACCCACAGACCAACAACUGGAUCAUCCUGGCCCCCAUGGACUGCCCCCGGAGCAACUUUGGCAUUGAAGUCAUAGAGGACCGCCUCUUUGUUGCCGGGGGGUUCAACGGGGUCUCCACCACCAAGCUGGUAGAGUACUAUGACCUCACCACAGGUCUGUGGUCUCCAGCGUGCGACAUGCUGAUGUCACGAAGUGCUUUGACUUGCUGCGUGAUGUCGGGAUUCUACAACAUGGGGCACUACGCCAUGCUUCGGAAUGAUCUACCACUGCUAUUUCUGGAGGAUGACAUGGACAUGGAGGAGGAUGUCUAGAUACUGGGAAAAAAAACUGAAAUAAACUGAAAAUGAAUGACAGAAAAACCUUGAAAUAAACUGAUAAAUGACACUGAAAUCAAUUGGAAAAAAUAUCUAAAUUACUAAAAAUGAGAGAUGAAAAAGGAAAUAACAAAGGUGAUGAUGAUUGCAUUUAAUUAUAUGUGUUUUCUAUUUUUGUCUUUUUAUUGAGAGUCAGGUGUUUGGUGCAGUUUUCCAUCCACCGGUCAAUAAAGAUUUUUGUAAUGAAAUCAAUUCAGACCAUCUUUGGCUUGAACCCCUAAUCAUUGUUUGAAACCCUGACAACGGGGUUGAAUCCAUCUUUUAAAACACCCUUGAUAAUUACAUGAACCUCGGAACCUUAACCCUUGUUUAAAAGCACAACCUUGCAUGAAGCCCUAAU